GUAGACUAGUAAAUUUAGUUUGUAGGAAGAUAUCGAUACACGUUAAAUCAAUGAUGCUGAGCUUGCGCCGCGUUACAACCCUUCGUAUACAUGGUACAUGUACUACACAUAUGUAUAUAUGUAUGUAUAGACGAUGGUGCGAGGUCCCGAGUAUCUCGUUCUCGCCAAGUCUGAACGGAUCGUCGGGAACGUAGUCGAUGCUUCGAUCACUGGAAGCAGCAGCAGUAAGCCACUACCGUCAUUUUAAAGCUUAGCGUCGAGUUGGAGUCAGCUCCGUUAGCAGUGUCAUCGUCGUCGUCCCUAGCCCUCCUGAUAGGCAUCCCCCGUAUUGCCGGCAUCACAAACACCGCUAUACUACUACUUCGGUUUAAGCGGGGUGGUAGCCAUGCUCACACCCUGUGGAAUAUCGUAACUCUUGAAACAUCCGAGUCCAGCGUAGACGUAGUAAGAGUAACGCGUGCGCGCCAACAAACGAACCAGCCAGCCAGCCAGUCAACCAGCCAGCCAGCCAGCCAGCCAGCCAGCCAGCUACCUUCGUUUCGAGUACACCAUCUUUGCUCGAUUUUCAUGAGAGAAAGUGUUAUCAAAACGGACACGCGCAUGUUCGUUUAUUUACGAGUAGACGAAGAAAACGUAAAAUUCUGCUAAAAAUUUCACCGCAUCUAAAUUUCUGCCGCGUAUAAAUUCUAUUUUAUAAUUUUUUUUUUCUCUUCCGUUUCCUCCGCGUUCACCCCAUUGCUCUUUCUCUCUUCAUUUCUAUCCCUGUCUUUCUGCUUCCAUAUUCCCCUUCUCUGUUACUCUCGUUGCCACCCCCUUCUCGCUACCAGUAUUCCCUUAUCCCACCCUCGUCCUUCAUUCUUUUGGGUUCUGUGCGCGUUACGGUGUGAACAUACUUGAGAGAUCGCGCGACAAGGCGGUAAUCGGUGGUGCAUCGUGAAUCGUGGAGAAACGAAUCGCAUCGAAAGCACAAUGUCUACUUUAUUCGGAAAUGAAAAAAUACGUGUUUGUAUCGAAAGAAUAGGAUAAUAAAGAGGAACGGUGAUUUAUCCGGCGGGUAAAGUGACAUAGGAUCGUUUUUCUAGCUUUUUGCCUAGACGUUCGGUCCUUCGGGGGAGCGAUCGGUCGAUCGGGGGGUGUUUGCGUACGCAGCUACGUCGAAGAUGUUCGUUUCCGAGAUGAUUCGAUGGUUAGAGAAACUAGCGUUUCAUACUGAAAAAUGUGUUUGGUGUUGUUGAGCUAAGUCGUCCUUAUCAUCUCUUUCUGCUCGUCGUCGGUACAUAUAAUAAGUGUUCGGUUUUCGUUUCGUACAGUUGUAAAGAUAUACAUAUGUAGACGGUAUAGAGUAACGAAACGAAACGAAACGAAACGAAACGAAGCGAAAGUAUUUAGUUGAGUCGAUUAGCGUGUCACUUGUUUGCUCCAAAGUGCAUAUUUAAAGAAGAAGAUAAAGACGACGAUGUAGAUUUCUUCGUACUGGCAUGUACAAAGUUCUUACAUAUACAUAUAUACAUAUAUACAUAUAUACAUAUAUAUUGUAAUAUAUGUAUAUCUAAGGAUAAACAAGAUUUCAUCGAAACGGUAAAUUCACGCACGUAACACUGAUUCGCGUACUCCGGGCGAUCGAUCGCUACUACGAGGGAGCGGUAAGACUAAUUCUUUUUGAGAAGUAACGUCGAAUUAACGCGUGCGUUUUUCUUAAAAGAUUGCGAUUGGUUGGUUCGUGUUUGUUUCAUCGUUUGCUCUCACAUUCGACCGGUCAUCGAUACUGUCGAAACAAUGUUUCUGUCCGUUGAGAAACUGGUCUACUACGGAGUGUUGUUACUUGUAUGGAUCCGGUCAAGUUAUCAACAGGAAGAGGAUAUACCUCACAACGAGGUAAAAAAUUGGGCGUUGAAGUUUGGCGUAGAUCUAUGGGAGUUUGGGAAACAAGUAACGAAAAUGAACGAGAUACAAAGGAAAUAUCACGACAUGGGAGCUGAAGUUGUAAGAAAGGAUGGUCUCGUCUUAGUCCGAGAAAUGGCUGCGGAAGUGAAAAAUAUGUUGGAUUUUAAAAUGAACGCCGUCAUGAGAUUAGUGGAGAGCGCAGAGCAAGCGGCGGUAUCGGCACCUAGGGAUGGAAACGUAUCACCAAAGUAUUACGCUUCUCAACGGUUUGACAGCAGCAGUUUUACCGGAGAUGGGAAAACGUGGACCGGUGAAGAAACUUUUCUUUCUUCUAACCGUCAUUUCGAUCAUUUGGCCGUGAAUACCAGUCUAUCAACGGUUUUAUUACCUGCCGGCGUGAAAGAUGUCGAAUUUUCAGAUCAGGAAGUAGCAGCGGCUAUCCAAUGGAGCGAAUAUCUGGAUCUGUUGUUUGUUAAUAAUUACGAAAGCGAUCCUUCGCUAUCUUGGCAAUACUAUGGAGCAACAUCGGGAUUCUUACGUCGUUUUCCUGCUAUAUCUUGGCCACCGAUCGAAGAUGGUGGAAGGACCGCGACCACCAGUGGGAGGAAAAAGGGAAACAGAGUUGUUCGAGACGUGUACGACUUUCGAAUUUCGAAUUGGUUCGUUGGAGCGGCAAACAGUCCGAAAGAUUUGGCUAUAUUAAUCGACACGGAAUGUUACGCAUCUGAAAGAAACAAACGUCUGACAGUCAGCACCGCUAAAACUAUACUCGACACUUUGGGUCCUGACGAUUACGUGAACGUUUAUCGUUACGGAGAUACGGCGGAAGAGAUCGUACAAUGCUUUAAAGACAGUUUAGUUCAAGCAUCGCCAGAAAAUUUGCACGAGCUGAAAGUGGCGGCAAGUUCGAUGAAAUACGAAGAAAUGCCGACAAACAUAUCGGCCGCGCUUGGGACUGCCUUUGAAAUUCUUCACAGAUACAACAGAACGGGUCAAGGAAGUCAGUGUAACCAAGCUAUCAUGUUGAUUACAAUGGAUAACGCUGGCCUACCUACGGAUGUGAUUAAGCGUUACAAUUGGCCUCAUAUGCCUGUCCGUAUUUUUACAUAUCUCAUCGGUGGUGACAAGAGCCCGGAAUUGCGAAACGCAGCAUGUGCUAACAAAGGAUUUUACGCGAGAGUUAGCGAUUUCGAAGAUAUCAAGAGUAAGGUUUUCGAAUACGUAAAAGUGCUUGCGCGGCCUAUGGUACUGUAUCAACACGAUCAUCCUAUUCAUUGGAGUCCGGUCUACGUUGGCGGAAAGAGUGGUAGAUACGGUAAAGAAAGUUUUGGACAAUUGAUGACCUCGGUAACAGCACCCAUUUUAGAUCGUCGAAACCAUACGGUGAAAACGGCCAACUUGUUGGGUAUCGUCGGUACCGAUGUACCGAUAGAAGAAAUUCAAAAACUGGUCCCUCCUUAUAAGUUGGGUGUGAACGGAUACUCGUUCGUCGUCGACAAUAACGGACGUGUCUUGUAUCAUCCGGAUCUACGACCAUUGGUGAGUAACAAAGUUCGAGAAGAUUGCUCGCUUUCGGUAAUUACUAACACCUUUCUUUUCUUCAUUUUUUCAUUUUUUCAUUUUUUCUCGAUACAGCCAGGAAACGUGGACUACGAGGAAACGUUAAAACCUACGUACAUUAGCGUGGAUCUGUCGGAAGUCGAACUGGCAGAAUACGAUGGACCGUUACAUCCGUUAAACAAUUCUCUUCUUCUGGAUCUGAGACACGAUAUGAUCGAUCAGAAAGAGGGAGAGACGGAUUUUGCGAUUAAAAUUCAUUACGAUAACAUGAGACGAGUUACCAUUAGACGGCACAAUUACUUUUAUAAGCCGAUAGAAGGAACACCGUUUUCAUUGGGAUUAGCAUUGCCCGAAGGUUACGGCAUGUUUGAACUGUUGGCCGAACAAGAAAUCAAACAUUCUAUAGUACCUGUAACCAAUUAUUUUAAAGGAAGUAAUUGGAAGGUACAUCCAGAUUGGGUGUAUUGCGAAUAUAGUUCGGCUUCCGAAAAAUGGUUCUCUUCCCCCGAAGAACGCGUUCUCCAUUUUUUGGCAAGAACCGGAAGACCGGGGUGGAAAUGGAUGUCCUUGAGACCAAGGAGUCCAAGCUCGCAUCACAAACAAGCGAGCAAGCCAGACAAAGAUGCUUAUUACUGCGACAAAAGGUUAGUGCAGUCCCUUGUGUUAGAUGCCUUGGUCACCGAUGGCUUCGAUAAAAGAGGUGCAAUGCAUAAAGAGGAUAAUCAAAGCCCUAUUGCCAUACUGAUGGCUCUACUGCACAGUCAAGGGAAGGGCAGAUUUGGUGUAACACGGAGUUUUAUCGCAACUAGAAGCGGUCUUUUUCGUUGGCACGAGCAUCAGCAAAACGAAGAAACCAUCGAAGAACCAUCUUUUGCCGAGAAAUACGCAAGAGCAAUGGACUCAUCGUGGUACAAACGCGCCGUGGAUCAACAUUCGAUCGAACCGGAGAGCUUCGUUUUUAGCGUUCCGUUCGACGCCGCCGAUACCGUUAAUCCUUUGGUCACCGCUACUCACGCGGUCUUCAUCGGGAAAGGACACAAGGCACCAGCAGCGGUUGUAGGUCUUCAGUUUCAACAUUCCUCUCUGGCUUCGCACUUUGUCAAUAUCACUUCAACGUGCAGUGGCACGAAUUGCAAGAAAAACUGUGCUUCCGAAGAAUUGGACUGUUAUAUCUUAGACAAUAACGGAUUCAUUAUAAUCAGUGAACGUCACGAGCAUACCGGAAAGUUUUUUGGCGAAAUAGACGGUACUAUUAUGGAUUCUCUGGUUCAAGAUAGAAUAUACAGAAAAGUAACCGUGACCGACUACCAAGGCAGAUGUAGUCCGCAAGAGUCUCAUCAAUCUGCCGCUUCAAGAACGUUAUCGGACUCUAUCGUGACCACGAUCGCGAUAUUUGGAAAUUUCCUCUGGAACGUGGCUUUCGCUUUUAAUUUCCAACAUUUCUGGCAAGAUGCGUUCGCGUUCGCGUUCGCGUUCGCCGACGAAUCUGCUCUGCCAUUAGAUGGUAAUAAAUUUCACGGGGACAGAGAAGACGAUUCGAUCUUCACCGACACCGUAGUCGGGGAAGGAGGAGGAGGAGGAGGAGGUGGUGGUGGUGGUGAAGGAGGGGGAGGAGGAGGUGGUGGAGAAGGCGGAGGAGGAAGAGAAGAGGCGCAGGAAUUGGAACCGUUUGCUGCCGCUGGAGGAGAUUCGACCGACGAUCCAACGUUCGGGGAGAACGAACAGUUUCCCAAAGUUCCUGCGAUCGCUACUGUUACUCCCGUAUCUCCUAGCACAACCAGAGCUACUUCUACCUAUUAUCCGCAAAAAAAGUUACGCUCGUGCGAAAAGAAAACGGACCUUUAUAUCUUACAGCCUGAAAGAUUGAAUACCAGUGGGCAAAGCAAUCCUUUGAAGGGCAAGUUAACCAAUUGUCACGUGACCGGUUGCGAGAGACCGUUCAGCGUACAAAAGAUUCGCCAUACGAAUUUAAUUCUACUGGUGGUAGAUACCUUGUGUCCAUGCGGAAGUAAGCAAUUGAGCAUCGAACCGAUAGAAGCUCUGACUGAGCCUGGAGCUUGCAUCGCGAGAAGAGAACGACUGUAUCGUCGGAGACCUCCGAAAUGUAUCAAUUACCAUCCAGAAGAAAUGGAGAUCAAGUUUUGCGGAGAUGCGAGUCGACCUUCGCGCCUAUAUUUCACGUUGUUUAUUACCAUUUUUAUCAACAUUUUCGCAAAACCGCUCGCGUGACUUUGUUUAAAUUAAUUACACGCACGCAUACCCAGACGUACACUUACUCGCAAGAGAAUGCAACACGACGCAACACGAUACACGACAGAGGAGACAAGCGCGCAGACACCCAUUAACUUUUCGAAAUGAAUUUAGCGUUGUCGUUUCUAUGAAACAGUUAUAUAUAUAUAUAUAUAUAUACACAUAUAAAAGAAAAAAGAAAAAAAAAAAAAUGGUAUACUAGUUGAUCGGUUUAAUACUUGUAUUUGACGAAUACGUGCAUACGAACGAGCAAACGAAUGCAUGCGAGCGUGCGUGUGCAUCCGUGCGCGCGCGAUGCAUAUAUGUAUCUAUAUAUCGUACGUAGUUACGUAUCGGUGCAUAAGCGCACAGUCAUGCAGAUGCACGCGUCUUCUUUUUCGGGCAUUGGGCACGCGUGCGCAUGCAUGCGGAAUGUACAUAUACAAAUACACGAUAUUAAUGUUGAUCGAGGGAGGUCUACGAUUCCAUAUGUAUAUGGAUGAUACAUACAUAUAUUAUUGUAAAUUUUUGUUGCGGGAAACUUGUGAAUAUUUCCUAAUCGUACUAUGUCGAAUCUAAUUCUCCCAACGCCUAACACGAAUCGAUGAAAUCGUUCGUAAUUCGCGAUACGCUUAAACAGACUAACGAUAAGAACGACGAUAACACAAGCGAACGUAUGUAGAAUAUAUUAUUACCGUGGAGCAAGAAAACAGUAGAACGUUUCGUUAGUCGUCGCCGUCGUUGUUGUUUCGAGAGAGCAUCAAAUUGGAAAAGAUAGGACAUUUGCACUCGAAUAUCGGUAUUUCUGGGUUCAAACUUUAAUCAGAAAUGACUGGAACGUACAUAUGCUACUGCUGGUUAAUAGCUUAAUACACAUAUAUUUAAAAUUCGAUUAGGUAGGCAGAAUUGUGACUUCGGUAAGAGACGAUCGCUAUCACAGAACAGUUGUUCGAAUCGGCUUCGAUCAGUGCGCUGAGAAUACAGGUGUCGUUAAUCGGUAUUCGUGUACAUAAUUUCGCGUUAUGUGUAUGUAAAUACAUAAAAGCAACUGCGACAACUUGACUAGGUACCAAUCCCUAGCCCUGCUUCUUUUAGCGAGACUUUUUUCAACUGAAAAGAAGGGAUAAAAAAAUAUUGAACGAAAAGCGUUGUUCGUUCGCAAGGUAGAAAAAAAGUUGCUAAAAAUUUUAGCUAAAUUUAUCGUCGCUUUCAUAAAACCCCCGCAAUUUUACCGUGUAUCGUUUCUUUUAAAAACCUUUUACCGUAACGUGUAAGAAUGAAAAACCAAAGAACAAUGAAUGCAAUAUCGCGCAAAAGUUGAGAAACAACGAAACACCAUUGGCGGAAUGGAAUCUUUAGUCGAAAAUUAAAGGAAUAGGAAAAGCGAAAUCGUGAAACGUAUAUGUACAUACAUACACAAGUAGGUACCGAUAUAUGCGUACGCGUGUGUUUCGUCGUCUCUUACGUCGUCUACGUAUGCGUAGGUAUUAUAAAAUGUUCCAGAAUGUCGUCGUAACGUUAGAAAUGGCCACGUUAAGACGGCAAUACGGAACAUAAAGGACGACGAAUGAAAAAACAGAAAUGAAACUUUUAAUAUUCCAUUACUAUGAAUUUCCAAGUUUCUUUAUCAAGAUUAACUGUAAUACACAUCGUUCACAUAUCUGCGACUGUAAAGAUGUAUCGCUUUAAACGUCGCGACAAAAGCGUGGAUUACACUACGAAACUGCUAUAUCGGGACUGCUAUAACUUUACGAGAAGAGUAAACUUUACAAGAAAAAAAAAAAAAAAAAA